CUUCCUACAACACGCGUGCGAAAUCAGAAAAUGGCGGUGAAACACAAGUGGAGAUGGAUAUCGAUAUGAGAAAUUUUAGCUGUAUUACUGGGUAUAUUGUGCAAAUUUAUAUAGUUUAGUCACAACAACAACAUUGAUCGCGUGUUUUACAAAAUGCACUAACUGACACGUUUCAUUAGCGGCAGCUGAACCAUCGUUAAAAUUCGAGGAUCGAGCGACCACGUUUUUCGAUAGGAAAUAUGGGGACGGCCACAGGCUGGUUGGAGUUGGAGGAUGGGACACGGUUUGCGGGUCAGGUGUUUGGGGCACAUACUAGUGUUCCUGGAGAAAUAGUUUUUCAGACAGGAAUGGUUGGAUAUCCCGAGUCCUUGACUGACCCCUCGUACAGGAAGCAGAUUUUGAUCCUGACGUAUCCUCUGAUAGGGAAUUAUGGGAUACCUGCAGUUGAGAAGGAUGAGUUUGGACUCAUCGAGUGGUUUGAGUCGACAGAGAUCCAUGCUGCUGGACUCAUUGUGGGGGAUGUCACAGAGAAGUACAGCCAUUGGAGUGCCAUCAAGUCCCUUUCAAAAUGGCUUAGUGAAUUCAACAUCCCCGGACUGUAUGGUCUGGACACACGAGCACUGACUAAAAAGAUUCGUGAGAAGGGGACAAUGAUUGGAAAGAUCGUCAUUGAGGGAACAGAAAGCUCCAGUAUUCCUUUGUUGGACCCAAAUACAAUAAACCUGGUAGCUGAAGUCUCUUUGAAGAAAGCCGUGGUAUACAAUCCAACAGGAGAGCUGACCAUAUUAGCUGUGGACUGUGGGAUCAAAUUCAACCAAAUCAGAUGUCUUUGUCAGAGAGGAGCAAGGGUCAAAGUUGUACCCUGGGAUCAUGACAUAUCUAGUGAAAAAUAUGAUGGGCUAUUCAUCAGUAAUGGACCAGGGGACCCCCAAAUGUGCAAGACCACUGUAGCCAAUCUGAGGAGGGUGGUGAAUGAGGCUAAUUGCAAGCCUGUCUUUGGAAUCUGUCUAGGGCAUCAACUUCUCUCCAUUGCCAUAGGGGCCAAAACUUACAAAAUGAAGUAUGGGAACAGGGGCCAUAACUUGCCAUGUACAUAUGACGACACCAUUAGAUGUUACAUCACAACACAAAACCAUGGAUUUGCUGUAGAUGCCAGUACUCUCCCUGAGGGUUGGAGCAGCCUAUUCACUAAUGCCAACGACAAAACCAACGAAGGAAUUGUACAUGACACUAAACCGUUCUUCAGUACUCAGUUUCAUCCAGAACAUAUGGGAGGACCUCGGGACUUGGAGUGUCUAUUUGACGUUUUCUUAAAUCAAGUUAUUCUCCACAAAAGAGGACAGUCCAGUCCUACAGUUAAAGAAAAGCUGUACAUGACAUUGCAGACCCCAGUCCAUGUACCCCCAGUUUCAACUGUACGACCCAGGAAGGUGCUGGUGCUGGGGUCGGGGGGUCUGUCUAUAGGGCAGGCGGGGGAGUUUGAUUACUCGGGGUCUCAGGCAGUGAAAGCUCUGAAGGAGGAGAGCAUACAAACCAUUCUCAUCAAUCCAAACAUUGCCACCGUGCAGACGUCUAAAGGGCUGGCGGACAAAGUCUACUUCCUGCCUAUCACCAUCGAGUAUGUCACACAGGUGAUCAAAAAUGAGCGUCCGGAUGGAAUCCUUCUGACGUUUGGGGGCCAGACAGCCCUGAACUGUGGGGUACAGCUAACAAAGACGGGGGUGCUGGAGAAGUAUGCCGUGAAAGUCCUGGGCACUCAGGUGGCAUCUAUAGAGUGGACAGAGGACCGCGAGGUGUUCUCCAGCAAGAUGGCAGAGAUUGGGGAGUCGGUGGCACCCAGUGAAGCUGCUUACACGGUAGAUCAGGUUGUGCAAGCAGCAGAACGACUAGGAUACCCAGUCUUGGUGAGGGCAGCGUUUGCCUUGGGAGGACUUGGAUCUGGGUUUGCCAACAACAAAGAACAGCUUCUGACACUGGCAUCAGCAGCUUUUGCUCACACGAGUCAGGUCCUGGUAGACAAAUCACUGAAGGGCUGGAAGGAAGUGGAGUAUGAAGUGGUUCGGGAUGCCUAUGAUAACUGCAUUACAGUAUGUAAUAUGGAGAAUGUAGACCCCCUGGGUAUCCACACCGGCGAGUCCAUUGUGGUGGCUCCAAGUCAGACUCUGACCAAUAUGGAGUACAACAUGCUGAGGACGACCGCUAUCAAGGUCAUUCGACACCUGGGGGUGGUGGGGGAGUGCAAUAUACAGUAUGCACUCAACCCAGAAUCCAAGCAGUACUACAUCAUUGAGGUGAAUGCCCGUUUGUCUAGAAGCUCUGCCCUGGCUAGUAAGGCCACAGGAUAUCCUUUAGCCUAUGUAGCUGCUAAGCUGUCCCUGGGGAUUCCCCUCCCCAAGCUGAGGAACUCGGUCACCAACACCAAAGAAAAUUCCACAACGGCCUGCUUUGAACCAAGCCUUGAUUACUGUGUAGUGAAAAUUCCAAGAUGGGAUUUAAAGAAGUUUUCUCGUGUUUCCACUAAAAUUGGUAGUUCCAUGAAAAGUGUAGGGGAGGUGAUGGCCAUUGGUCGACGUUUUGAGGAGGCCUUCCAGAAGGCUCUCAGAAUGAUGGAUCCGAGUGUCUUGGGAUUUGAUCCAUACAUCAGAGAAGUAUCAGAUGUGGAAUUGCGGGAGCCAACAGAUGAGCGGAUAUUCGUUUUGGCAGGUGCCCUGAAGCAGGGGUAUGAUGUGGACAAGUUGUAUGAACUGACUAAGAUCGACAGAUGGUUCUUGCACAAGUUCAAAAAUAUUACGGAUUGCGUGUCGGACCUGGAGCAGUACAAAAACAGGUUGGGUAGCAUUCCAAAGGAGGUUGUUGUUGAAGCAAAGAAGCUUGGGUUUUGUGAUGAAGAAAUAGCUAAAGCAGUUGAGAGCACAGAAAUGAUGGUGCGUAAGAAGCGUGAACAUUUUAAGAUUCACCCCUGUGUAAAGCAGAUUGACACUGUGGCUGCGGAGUGGCCGGCUCAGACGAACUACCUCUACUUGACAUACAAUGGAUGUGAGAAUGACAUUUCAUUCCCAGGAGGCUACAUCAUGGUAAUCGGGUCUGGGGUGUACAGAAUCGGCAGUAGUGUCGAGUUCGAUUGGUGUGCUGUCAACUGUAUCAGGAGUCUCAGAGAAAUGGGACACAAGACUAUAAUGGUGAACUACAACCCGGAGACGGUUAGCACUGACUAUGAUAUGUGUGAUCGACUGUACUUUGAUGAAAUCUCAUUCGAGACUGUGAUGGACAUUUAUAACUUGGAAAAUCCUGAGGGAAUCAUUUUGUCUGUGGGAGGACAACUCCCUAACAACAUCGCCAUGCCACUACACAGACAGCAGGCUUGUAUCUUAGGUACUUCUCCAGAAAGCAUUGACAAUGCUGAGAAUCGGUUCAAAUUUUCCCGUAUGUUGGACAACAUGGGGAUCCAUCAGCCCUUGUGGAAAGAACUCUCAACAUUGGAGGCAGCGAAAGACUUCUGCAAAGAGGUGGGGUACCCCUGCCUUGUACGUCCUUCGUAUGUAUUGAGUGGGGCAGCCAUGAAUGUGGCUCACUCGGACAAGGAUCUGGAGGAAUUCCUGUCUCAGGCCAGUGCUGUGUCCAAGGAACACCCAGUCGUCAUAUCCAAGUUCAUUCUGGAGGCCAAGGAGAUAGAUGUGGAUGCAGUUGCAGCAGAUGGGGAAGUGAUUUGUAUGGCGGUGUCGGAGCAUGUGGAGAAUGCUGGGGUCCACUCUGGUGAUGCUACCCUGGUGACACCGCCGCAGGACCUGAACGAGGAAACCCUGGCCAAGAUCAGAGUUAUCUGCUGUGCCAUUGGUCGGGGUCUAGAAGUGACAGGACCAUUCAAUCUACAACUUAUUGCUAAGGAUAACCAGUUGAAGGUCAUUGAGUGCAAUGUUCGGGUUUCUAGGUCUUUCCCAUUUGUCUCGAAAACUUUGGACCAUGACUUUAUAGCUACAGCCACUAGGGUAAUCAUGGGAGAAGUGGUUGAACCAAUCAGUGUGUUGUAUGGCUGUGGAAGGGUUGGAGUCAAGGUUCCAGUGUUUUCAUUCUCUCGGUUACACGGGGCAGACGUGUUGCUCGGUGUAGAGAUGUCCAGCACGGGUGAAGUAGCCUGCUUUGGAGAAAACCGAUACGAAGCUUACCUCAAAGCCAUCAUAAGCACUGGAUUUAGAAUUCCCAAAAAGAACAUCCUUCUGUCCAUUGGAAGCUUCAAGGACAAGAAAGAGUUGCUGACCUCUGUCCGAAGUCUACAGAACAUGGGGUACAACUUGUAUGCCAGCAUGGGUACCGCAGACUUCUACAAUGAACACGGCUUGAGGGUGAAUCCUGUGGACUGGCCAUACGAGGAUACAGGGGACCAUAAGAAAAAUGGCGGGGAGCAGAGAACAAUAGCAGACUACCUGUCAGACAAUAUGUUUGACCUGGUUAUUAAUCUUCCCCUGAGGAACUCUGGCUGUUAUCGAGCCUCUUCCUUCGUUACUCAGGGUUACAAGACUCGCAGGAUGGCUGUGGACUACUCUGUUCCGCUUAUCACCGACAUAAAAUGCUCCAAGCUACUUAUUGAGUCAAUGAGACGGCUUAGUGGACUGGCCCCUCCCAUGAAGACUCACCUGGACUGUAUAUCCUCACAUAGAGUGGUCAGGCUCCCAGGAUUGAUUGAUGUCCAUGUCCAUGUGAGGGAACCGGGAGCCACUCACAAGGAGGACUGGUCAAGUGCCACCUCCGCAGCCCUGGCUGGUGGUAUCACGAUGAUCCUGGCUAUGCCAAACACCAGCCCACCCACAGUGGAUGAGGCGGCCCUUACUCUGACACAGAAGCUGGCAAGACUAGGAGCUCGGUGUGAUUAUGGGAUAUUUCUGGGUGCUAGCAGUGAUAACUACACCACACUCCCUCAGAUGUCAUCCAAAGCGUGUGCUCUGAAGAUGUAUUUGAACGAGACGUUCACAACUCUGAAAUUAGAUGACUUGUCAGUCUGGAUGAAGCAUUUUGAGCAUUGGCCUAAGCACAUGCUUAUCUGUGCCCAUGCUGAGGGAAUUCACACUGCCGCCAUUAUUCUGCUGUCGGAACUCUACAAAAGAUCGGUCCACAUCUGUCAUGUUGCUCGGAAAGAAGAGAUCUUGGUGAUAAAAGCUGCUAAAGAGAGGGGCUUACCUGUAACAUGUGAGGCAGCUCCCCACCACUUAUUUUUGACCUCUGAUGACCUUGAGAGGAUAGGUCAGACCAAGGGUCAGGUCAAACCAUGCUUGGUAACCAUGGAGGACCAAGAGGCUUUAUGGGACAAUAUGGACAUCAUUGACUGCUUUGCCACAGACCAUGCCCCUCAUGCUGUGGAAGAAAAGAACAGCUCUAAACCUCCACCAGGUUUUCCAGGUCUGGAGACCAUGCUGCCACUCCUGCUGACUGCUGUUUAUAAUGGCAGAUUGACUAUUGAGGAUCUGGUUGCCAAGCUUCACACAAAUCCCAAGAAGAUCUUUAAUCUGCCCGAUCAGCCUGACACAUACAUAGAAGUGGAUAUGGAACACCAUUGGACCAUUCCUGAUCACAUGAACUUUUCUAAAUCAAGAUGGACUCCAUUUGCUGGUAUGAAGGUGGUUGGCAAAGUCAUGAGAACAGUUUUAAGAGGAGAAGUGGCCUACAUUGAAAAUGAGAUCUUGGUUCCUAAAGGCUUUGGGUCAGACAUAAAAAGUUACAUCCUACAAAGUUCUGCUCCGAUUGGCUCCGGGGACCAGUUACAGGUCCAGAUACCUCCAAUAUCUUACAGUACAACCUCCCAGCCGUCAUCUGAACCAACAAGUCCACGGAAGGGAACCCUUUCUCUUCUCUCCGACAGGUCAAGGCCACGCAUGAUGGACCAGAGCUAUGCUGCUCAUGAACCAUCUGAUGCUGCUAAAGCAGAGCAGGAGUCCAGGGAUCGUGACUUGUCUGCAGGCGAAGGUAGUCGUAGGGACCAAAUUUUCCUUCCUUCUGCCCCACAUGGAAUACCCCAGCCUCCAGGACUGGCCUAUUACACUCAGGGGGUCACAGGUCAUCAUAUUUUGUCAGUGAAGAGCUUUACCAAGGACCAGUUACAUACCUUGUUUAACUUGGCCCACCAGUUUAGGAUAGCAGUCUUGAGAGACAGACCACUUGAUUACAUCCUCAAGGGUAGGGUGAUGGCAUCUAUGUUCUUUGAGGUCAGUACUCGGACCAGCUGUUCCUUUUCUGCUGCCAUGCAGAGACUUGGUGGCAGUGUGAUCAGUUUGGAGGCCUCCACAUCGUCCCUACAGAAAGGGGAGUCGCUUGUCGAUUCCGUGAUGAUGAUGUCUGGAUAUUCCGAUGUGAUCGUUAUUCGACACCCAACCCCUGGUGUUAUGACGGAGGCAGCAAAGUUGUGCAGGAAGCCUGUUAUAAAUGCUGGGGAUGGGGUGGGGGAACACCCAACUCAGGCUUUGCUGGAUGUGUUCACCAUCCGGGAGGAAAUAGGAACUGUCAAUGGACUGACUAUUACUAUGGUGGGAGAUCUGAAGAAUGGUCGGACUGUCCACUCCUUAGCUCGACUUUUGACCCAGUACAGGGUCAAUCUGUGCUAUGUCUCUCCAGAAUCAUUAAAAAUGCCCGAGGACAUAAAAAAAGACAUAGCCGCCAGAGGUGUCUCUCAGGGGGAGUCGACUGCAUUAGAAGAUUUCUUGCCUGACACGGAUGUUCUGUAUAUGACACGCAUACAGAAAGAAAGAUUUAGCAGUGAAGAUGAGUAUCGCAAGGUGUGUGGCCAGUACACCAUUACUCCGGAGACGAUGAGGAAGGCCAAGAAAAAGAUGGUGGUCAUGCACCCUCUCCCAAGGGUCAAUGAAAUCCAUUCCGAGUUAGAUUCUGACCCUCGGGCAGCCUAUUUCAGACAGGCAGAGAAUGGAAUGUUUGUUAGAAUGGCUCUGUUGGCCAUAGUCCUUGGGAAAUGCUAGUGAGAUUAUGUAGGAAAAUAAAGACUUGAUCGUAGAGAUAUAAGGUUGUGAUAGGAAACAAAUAUUUUUCUUUUUUUUUUGACGAGAAAGAUUUUUUUAAUAUUUCAAAUGCUCUAUGUGUGGUGCCAAGUCUUAUAUAGUGUCGAGAGAUUUUAUGGAGGAGAGGAAAUUUUAUUUUUUUCAUUUGAAGGAUCAGUUGUGAUGAAUUGCAUACCUCAUCUGUGGUGAUUUUGACUAAUUCUUUUAAGUGGGCCAACUAUAUUUCUUGCAAGCCACAUUCCAGGCCUUUGCAGUUAGUCUUGUAUGACACAUUAAAUGUACUCUUUUGAUGAACAUAGAAUGCAAUCAAUAUUGUUAUAUGAAGAUAAUACCCAAGUUAAAAAGGAUUGAAAGAAUUUUCAGAUGUUUCAAGAGAGAAAUAAUCAUUGAAAUCCUUUCUUUAGAUGUAAAUUGAAGACGGGCUAGAUUUUUUGAAAUUAAUAUAUACAGAGAAUACAAAUGUUUAUUGUACAGUAACAAUGUCUGAAUUGAAAGUACUUUUCAGUAGACAAUUUCUCUUUUCAGUAGACAGUUUCUCUUCAGUAAGAGGAAAAGGUUUUGAGCAUUAUGUACCAAGUAAACUAUUGAGAUUUUCUCCCCGUCUGUUUCUUGGGGAAAUUCCUUAAUGAUGUGAAACAACAUAAGACGUGAGUCCCUGGAUGGUCUGACUAAAUACAGAGAGUAAAAAAUUGGGUCAGUUUAACAGGAGCAAAAUAUCUAAUGCGUGAAGCCUGCAGAAGAGUGAAAAUAUGAAGUUCUGACACACGAAAUCCCAGCCCUGUGUAUGCAUGUUAUAAAUGAGUUUUAUAAGAAGCUACUCUUGGUUAAUAAAUCUCAAGUUCUGAGACCAAUUGUACAAAUGUGUCGUAAAGUCUGUCGAAUGUUCUCAAAUUCAGCCAGGAGGGCACUUCUGUAUUUAGCACUAAUUAAUGAUAUAUCAAUAAUUUUUUAACAAUUGUCACAAGACAUGUAGGGAAGGGUUAUUUCAGGGGAAAGAAAUGUUUUUGGACAUGUUGAUUUACGGUCAGUAAUAUGAUUUGGGAAUUACUGCUCGGGGAUUGGAAUGCUGCAGUUACUGGAGCAGCAUUGGUGCUAGUACUCCAGGCAGGUUAUAGGGAGGCCUCAGGUUUAAUUCCUUGUUCAGCCAUCUUUCUUGAUGGGAUGUUAUUCCCCAGUGUUCUUGAAUUACAGAACUUGUGUUCCAAUGGUUUAAACUAAAGGUUGUUUGAACAAUGCUGCUUUAUGUGGAUGAUUUUUUCGUAUGUUUUUAAGAGUUAAGAGAUUUUGCUAUGGCUUUAAAUGCAUUCACUUUUGCCGUUGUAAAUGUGUAUCGUGGUUCUUCUAGUCUGAAGAUCAAGUACAAUGACAGUAUGAUAAGUACAAUGACAGUAUGAUAAGUACACUGACGGUAUGAUAAGUACAAUGACGGUAUGAUAAGUACACUGACGGUAUGAUAAGUACACUGACGGUAUGAUAAGUACAAUGACGGUAUGAUAAGUACAAUGACAGUAUGAUAAGGUACUACGUGUAGUAAUCUAACAUUUGUGAGGAUGUUUGUUCGCUGUAUUUGAUUUUAUAGUGGGCUGCUAACCUUUCUUGGGUUGUAAAAUUGGUCAUUAAAGGUUUUGUGCCAUAUUGGGGACUUAAAUCAACCCCUAAGUUGCAUGUUAUGAUGUACCAUGUAUAAGUUUAACAUUUAAUCAAGAAUCUCGAAUGUCACUUGCAUAAUCUAUAUGUCAUUAUAUACAUGUAUUAUCAAAACUUUGAUCUCAUUACAAUGCUGGGUCAGCUGUGUUCUUUGAAUAAAAGUCUAUGUAGCUAC